CAACCACGAGUAAUGAAAGGAAACAUCAUGGAAGCGUACAGUUGGUUUGGUUUGGCUUUGCAUCGUAUUCGUGUUAUCGUUGUUACCGGUUAACUUUUCAAAGCGUCGCUCCAUUGUCUUGGAGCAGCAAUGGGCACAUCUUCAGAAGAUGUACUUCUAAUGGUUGGCCAUGUUCGCUUCAAGAAGAACAAUGGAACCCUUUACCUCAUGGCUGAACGCAUUGCAUGGAUGUUGGAAGGAAAGGACACAUUUCCAGUCAGCCACAAAUAUGCCGAUGUUAAAAUGCAAAAGAUAUCGCCUGAAGGGAAACCCAAGGUCCAGCUUCAAGUUGUGCUCCAUAAUGGUGAAGCAACCACUUUCCACUUCGUCAAUCCAAUGGGUACAGAUGCUCAGCUGGAAGACCGCAAUGGUGUCAAAGAGUUGCUUCAGCAGCUUUUGCCCAAAUUUAAAAGAACUCUCAAUUCAGAGCUGGAAGAAAAGAACAGAAUACUGCAGGAAGAUCCACGGUUAUUUGAGCUGUAUCGAAACUUGGUCGUGACUAAAGUGACCACCCCGGAAGAAUUCUGGGCAAAUCAUGCACCUAAAAAAGCCAGCCAAACAGCUUCGACAUCAGGUUCACAAAAUGUCGGAGUGUCUGCUGCAUUUCUAGUAGACGUCAAGCCACAAACAGACGGAUCCAACGGUCUAAAGUAUAAUAUCACCGCCGACAUCAUUGACUCCAUUUUCCGCACUUAUCCAGCGGUCAAAAAGAAGCACCUGGAAAAUGUACCUCACAAGAUGUCGGAAAGUGAAUUUUGGACACGUUUCUUCCAAUCACAUUAUUUCCACAGAGACCGCCUCCACACGGGCACCAAAGAUCUCUUUACGGACUGCGCUAAAAACGAUGAACUAGACAUUCGAGAGGCUAUAACAGCUGGCAUUCAGAAUCCUUUAAUAGACGUAUCAUCAUUUGAAGAUGGGACUACAUUUUUAGAGGGCUCAGAUUCUCAAGAUCCAAAAAAUAACUUGGGCUCGACAAGUACAACAAAUCAAUCUAUGAUUCGAAGGUUUAACCACCAUUCUAUGAUGGUACUGAAAGCAUGCCGAGGUGCCUCCAGUUCAGGAUCAGAUGCAAAGACGGAUUCCACACCUCAGCCCAACGGCAUCGCCUCCGCUCAUCCCAACGGCAUGAACAAGACCAACGACAGGCUUCACGACGGUCAUGACGAAAGCUUAGGGAAUGAAGUGGCAGUAAAGAGGUUAUGCAUACGUGAGAAAGUGGAGCUGGAAGACUUGGAGAAGGAACGGGGCGACAGGGGCUUGACAGUGAAUCUCACCCGACCUGAAAGGUAUCGGCAUGGUCCAACACCAAUCGCAGAAACGUCAUCAACAUCUGAUGAUGCUCACCAAGACCAGUCAGCUUGGCAGCUCCAUCAAGAAAUCGAGGCCUGGAACCCCAGCGGUACAAAUGUACUGUCCUCAACAUGUGCUCUUUCUGCCCUUGGAGAAUUGUCACCUGGUGGCGCUCUUAUGAAGAAUGUGCAGCACAUACCCCUCAAAGAUACAGUUCCAGAAGAUGUGCAGCGUGAGCUUCGGAGUACCUACGUGGCUCUGCAGGAGCUUCUCAGGCAUUUCUGGUCUUGCUUUCCAACGACAACACCUCAAUUAGAAGAAAAAGUGGUGAACAUGAGGAGUACAUUAGAAAGGUUCCAGUAUGCAAAGUUGCAGCCAUUCCAGGAUAAGCUGCUUCGAGAGCAUUACAGUCCUGAUUUGGCAGACCACCUGAUGAGCAUGUUGCAAGUGGCCUACAACAAAUUCACAACGUGGCAGUCGAGACGAAUGUCACUGGGUCUCAAAUGAAAAACUCUAAUUAUGAAAAAAAAGAACAAAGCUAUAAACCCGAAGUGCAUGAGAACGAGCAGCUGCUAGCUGAAGUGCAGUGCAUCUGUACAAAGGACACAAGUGCCACAGAAUGGUACAUGACAGUGCAAGUCAUGCAGAUGUUGGACUUUCCUUGCUGUGGAAACAUCAUGCUGCAAGCUGCAGAGAGUUGUGCCAAGGCCGUCGUCUCAAGAACGUCAUCUCAAGGACAUCUGUCGACCCAACUGGUUUACGGGCCCAAUAUCACCAGGGCGGUUGUUUAUUCCAUCAGACACCUUGCAGAUUCAUCCUCUGCGUCAAGGAUAUAUGUGAGCAGAACUUUGUUGGACCAGUAGUCUGCAGCACAUAUUCAGGGUGUGAAAGUGCAUGUGUGUAAGUGGAUGAUCUGGGGUGAGUGCUUUGGGCACAAAUACCCUGCCACAUGGAGUCGAGGUUGCGUUGUCUUUAGGUAUACUGGCAAUACGAUUUGUAAUAACAGAGUAGACACUAAAUAAUAAAAUGUGAAUCUAC